AAAAGAACGAGCAUCUAAUAAGCAACCAUUUUCCACGAAACAAUGCGUUUUCUUAAACCAACCAUGUCGGAUCUCUGAUGGUGCAUCCCGAGUCUCAUUAUUUAUACCGGGUGAAUUUCUACAUUCGAGCCAGUUUCUUACGAGAAUUCUAGCGGGCGUGCGAAAUUCUGCUUUUAGUGAAUUUUUAAGGAAUGAAGAUUUACUGAGAAAAUACAAGAAAGAAUUCCAAAUAUCAUGUUUGGUGUCCACUUCGUGAUAAAAAUCAUUCUGCUGUGGAUGGUGGCAAAUUUAGUCUUGGUGGAAAGCGUGCGACAAAAAAAAGAUGUUCAUCAUAUGAUUUUCUUAAGGGAACCAAUUAAGAGUCAUAGACACAAACACCAUCAUAAUGGCAACAGCGGUAGAUCAAAGAGAAAUAAGCACAAACACCACCAAUCUAGUGAAGAAAGCUUUGAAAGUAGCGAAGAAGAUUAUUCCACAACAACAACCGAAAGACCAAAAGUCAAAAGAGAGCAGCACAAGCACAGAAACCACCAUCACAAAAGUCACAAAAAGCACCACAAAAAACACCAAAACUCCGACUUCAACACCGUCAACGAAGCCAAGUGGGUGCCGAUGAGAUCACAAGAACUUUUCGGUAAAACAUCGACACCUCCAGUAUACCCUGGAGGCUACCGCAAUGGCGCUAUCCAUUUUUCCCAGCCAGUACCCAUUGAAAUCACAACGCAGUAUCCACUUUAUCCGCCACUGGAUAGUGACUACAAAUCCAAAAUAGUGAGGCCGACUCUAGCCGAUUCGCCGUUGAUUGGAACAGUGGACACUUAUAAGCCUUUCGAUUAUUCGAUUUUGGAGAAGAAACCGAAAAUAGUGACUCCUUUGUCAAUAAUAGUAGAAGAGGACAAAGGAGCCAAUAAUAACCAGAUCCAGGCGCAGACGAACCAAAUAAGAGGCAGAGGUACGAGCAGGUUUAGGGUGAAACAAAAAAAUCAACAAUAAUUUCGAUUUUAUUUUAUGCGUUGUUUUUAUUUAUUUUGUAUUAUUGUUUUAUGUAUUAUUUAUUUCUAAUAUAACUUUCUGCAAUUUGAAAGGUUGUGUGUUUUUAAUUACCUCUGAAAAAGAAGCUCUUAGUUGUUAGGAUUUAUGAAAGUAUCUAGAUUUUUUACUAAGUUUUCGAUCAUGAAUUGCAGUAAUACUUUGCUUGACUUGGUGUUUUCAAAUUUUGGCACUGUUGAGAUUGAUAGAUCCACCGAUAUGAUUUUGGGUAAAAGUGUUCACCACACAGCUAAUAUCUAUCUACGACAUUCAGCCAUAAUGUAGAAUGCAAACGUUCUAAAUAAGGGGAGUGUUUUUUUGAUUUUGAA